AUGGAAGAAUUUUCUUCACCCCUCACGAAGCAUCCGAUCCUGAUCGACCUUACACACGACGACAUCGAAUCGCCAGCUGCGGAGGAGCAAGUGCAUUCGACGAAAUUGCGGGACAGAGUCUUUCCUGAACCUAAUACACCGGAGGCUUUUGCUUGUUCGACUACGGAUGCGGCGGUAUCGCGAUCGGCAGCAUCCUCCAGGCAAAUUGUCACGCCACCAGUGGCAGGAACUCGUACUGUAUCCAAUUCACAGGACCCAAAUGUUAUUGAUCUCGUGAGGGAAGAUUCGGAUUCGAUUUCUUACUCUGAAGUGUUGCAAAUCGAUAGGAAUGGGGGAAAAGUGAGCUGGUCAUCCGUCGCAGAAGAGCAGACGGACAACGUCCGCAGCCAAGAUCACCGCGAUCGUCUGUCGCGUACGUGUCCUCCACGCCGAGAAUAUCGACGAUCUAAACAAUGGACGAAAGCCAAUUUCAAUUUGGGUCAAACCUUGGGAACGCCCAGACAACGUGAGGGCACGGACCUUGAACUCCAUGAUUUCCUCGGCUUUCGUAACUCACUUGGCCGUGUGUACUACAAAUCCUUUUCUUUGAAGAAUGACCUGUGCCAGGGAACCUUCCGUGUUGGUUGUUCGGUGUUGUUAGCAACAGAAGAAUACGAAGAGCCUACUUGUCACCGGAUCAUAUCCAUCUUCCAAGCUACCAGGUCCUACGUGGGACAAUGGUAUGGUACUCAAGAGAUACAAAAACGCAGCCACUGCUAUUUUGAGUUCGAAUCAGCUUCAGCUGAGCAAAACUCUGUUUAUGAAAUACCGCAGUGGAUUCUUCAUCCUUAUCUGAAGGUGGUCAAUUGCGUAGCCAUAGAUGACUUAGAAAGAGGCAACGAGACCUCCGCAAUGCGUCUACUUCUAAGAUCGGCAUCACGAAAUUGGCAUCCUAAGCUGAAAGCCGAAGAGUGUACUUUCGUGUGUCAGGGUAGCCCAAAGUCCCGCCAACUUUCGACGACCGAACGAUGGAACCAUGAUUCAAGUGACGAUUCCGAUGAAUUCGAGGACGCCUCUUCCGAACUCGCAAAAGCCGCAGCCACGAAAAAAAGAAAAAGUGAAGGUCGUGCCGAUUCCUGUCAGCGAACCCCUGUCCAGAAACAUAAGAUUGCGCGUGGGCGAAAAAAGGCUUCGUCCGUGAGAUCGUCUCGCCCAAGACAAAGUUCGGGAGCAAGGAAAAGGCCAGCUUGCCCUAUGCAAAAGCAGCGGUGUCAUCCUUCGACAAUUCAAACAUCAGACACCGAGAAGAUGUUCAUCGAGAAUAGCACUGGGCACGCUGUUCUAGGCAAUUUAUUGGUACAAAAGAUCCGGGCUGGGGCUACUAUGAAACGAGAUAGCUUGUUGUCUUAUUUUCUGAAUCAUCGUUGGCUGCUAGUCGAAACUCCACUUCAUAAUUUUCAAGGGCUUUUUGACUGUCGCUUUUCAAAAAACGGUGAGACUUUUGUUCUGACUUCCGUGAAGGCUCAGGCUGAUACAAGCGUGGGCUCGCUCAACAAGAUGGGUUCGCUAAAAUGCGCGCACUUGAUUUACACCAAAAUCUCGGGACCGGGUGUGGCUCCUAUAUCUGUUCAAAAUCUGCUCUUGCAAUUUGGUGACUUUUCCAUUCUACCAGCAAGAAAAGUCGUUGCCCGCCUAGAAUUACUUCAGAGUCCUUCUUGUACGUUUACGGUUGGGCAGAAGAAGCACUAUGGUAUGUUUUGCCUCCAAGCAAGCGACUUUGUUGUGAUGGCCGAAGAAGGAAAUGACGGAUGCGGCUUUAUUUCGGAAGAGUUGCUGGCAUCGUUGUUUGGGAAUAGUAAAGCAGCGAAGCAACUCCUUGGUCCACAGGUUCGAGUGGUUGCUCCUCGACUAGGCAUUUUUAAAGGCAUGUUGAUUCGCAAACGGAUACCAGUGGGUGAGCCUCCGAUACAGCUGACACCUUCAAUGCGUAAGGUUGGGCCUUCCCGAUACUCCGAAAACGACAUUCGAGCAUUUUUGCUUGUUACAAAUCAAGGAAAGCAUCCCAGUGUGAAUAAUGACGCACUUGGAAAGCUACUUAACCCUUUGCUUGACAAUCCUCCUCCCUCUUGGAAACAAAACGGUUUUGCCGAGAGAAGUCAGAUGCUUCCUCUCCUCUUGCGUACUUUGGGCGUUCCAGCAAUUGUCAUGGAACGCUACCAAAGGGAAUAUUAUUCCCAGACACGUUGCCGCAUACACCACACAUUUAUGCCAGGGUACGCUGAUCCAACGGGUGCGAUCCCACAUGGACAUGUGUUUGUGACAGGAAGCAAACCGUUUCAGGAGAACCUUCUUUUUGUGACCAGAUCGCCUUGCAUCUUCCCAAGCGAUGGGCGGUUGCUGCCGAACUUGGUGACGAAGCCAAACGCUAUGGUAAUCGAUGAUUGGAACUGGCUCAAUUCUCUUCCUUUUGGGGCUCUUAUAUUUGCCGACGCUACUCCCGGAAUGAAACCCUUGCCAGCACAUAUUGCUAACGGCGAUCUUGACGGAGAUCUAUACUUUGUGUGUUGGGAUAGCGAAAUCUUAAGGAAUGUACGAGCCGAUCCUAUUGUGGAGGAACCUCUGACCUUAACGGAUGGUGAAGUUGCCAGUACUCCGCAGGCAAAGAUGCCUCCGGAGAAUCCCAAUUGGUUUGAGGAGGCUCUAGAAAUCAUGUGCGAUCCUGCUGAAUUGGCCGAAAUCUCCGCAUUUUAUGGAAAGCUUUUCAAUCUCGCCUUGAAAGCUGCGUUGAACAACCCGAACAAUUUGCUGUUGCGGGAUCCUGAUGCCAUGGACUACGCUACGGCCUACAAUCAAGCGUUGGACUACCACAAACAUGGUCGUCUUGUUCAACUUCCCAGAAGGCUCCAUUCUUCAAUUCCCACACGCUUUCACCAGUAUCUUGCGAAAACUUAG